GUCUAAUACUGCGUCUAAUGGCCUAGAUUGAGAUGUUCUUCCAUCCAUUACCAGCUGACGCCACGCCAUGGGUCCUAUUUCGCGCCGUCGCGCGUAGCACUGACCAAUGCUACUUACAUGCACGAAGGACUUCCGGGGGUCCGCUAUCACUGCAAGACUUUGAUAAUUAUCUGUCUUGGGAGACGGAAUGGCACACACCGUUCAUUUCAUUUGGCACUUGGAGGCGGGCUAUGGCGCAAAGGAAAUAUCUGGAAAGUACGAGGGAAAGGGAUAUUGUUGUGAUUGCUGUUUGGACAAAGGGACUGGCAAGCGUGUACAGUGCAGAGGAGCCUUACCGUGAUGAAUACCUUGUUGAAGGCUGCAUUGCGGCUGAUGAAUACCGUAUUCUCGCUAUUUUCGAGGGUGGUGGGACUGAACGUGAUGUCGUUUUCGAAUGCCUUUUUAUAUAUCAGGCAUCCACGACAAUCCCGAACGAAUUUUUCCCUGGACGAAGAUCGAGCAACGCCCUGGAGGAUAUCGAAGACGAAAUAUACUAUUAUUCAGGAGUUCGCAACGAUAUGAAGCGGGAUGUGCUUGUGCAAGUAAUCACUGGAUGGCAUUAA